GGAGGGGAGUGAGGAGUUGUAAAUUUGGUUGGUGAUGGCCGCCCUAAUCUCUGACAUCUUCUCCUCGUCGGCACUGCUGUCUCUGGGGCUAUACCACCUCAUCUGCACCACUCGGAACCAUCUCAAGUCGCCGAGGGAGUACGUGGCGAGGCUCUACCACCCGUUUCCCCUGUCGGGGUCCUCUUCGUCCUCACGGCUGAAGCACAUCCAGCUGUACCUGCUCAUUCUGUCUCUGCUGGUGGCCUUGGUCCACCGGCUACUCACUUCCACCGAUUCCGACCCUCUCCUCAAGGGUCGCACCCCUGUUUAUCGCUUCACUUCCCUCCAGGCCGCUGCCGUGCUCUUCCUCUUCCUGUUUCUCUCGCUUGCCCUCCUCCUCUCCGACGCCACCACCCUCUUCCCUAUACCCUCCGACCUCCUUUUCGCCCUUGCGUCCGUCAUCUUCUUCCUUCAAUUCUCCGUCUCCUCCGCCUCCGCCUCCGUCCAGACUUCGGAUCUCCAGGCCAAGUGCGACUCCAUCUCCGCUCGCAUCUCCGCCGCGUCCGCCCUCCAAUGCCUGCUGCUUGCUUGCCAGCCCAGAUUGUUCAUUGCCGAUGUCGGCCUCGGCUCUUCCUUUUGUUUGCAGGGGCUCUGGGUCUUGCAGACUGGCCUCUCCCUCUACGUUGAGGCCUUUAUCCCCGAGGGCUGUCAUCGGCUGUUGGAUGUGGCCAACGGGGUCGAGGGCUCCACCAAGUGCGACUUGGAGGAAUCCCGUCUAAGGGCUGUGGCGAUUCUCGAUCUUGUAUUUGUGGUUCAUGUCAUGUUUGUCGUCGACAUUGUCUUGGUCAUUUAUGCCGUCGUUGUCAAGACUGUUGGUUUGAGGAGAUUCGGCUCUUACGAAGCUUUGCCCACGCUGUCCACUGCUGAUUCAGAUCAUGUCCAGAUGAAGGCCUUGGCCGGAACACAAGCGUGAUCUGUUGCUAUUGCUCUUGACUCUUGCUGGUUGGUUUUUUUGCACUUUUUGUUAAUCCUUUUUUCUUUUUAUGCUUUGUUGUAGUUAACCAUUAUCCCCCUC